AUGGUCAAGCGUCCCAUAGAGGAGACCAAUGGCUCGAGCCAUCACGAAAACGGUCCUGGCGAGCCUGCUCCAAAGCGAGUGAAGCUGGAUACUGCUCCAGAUGCUGCGCAGGAGCUAUCUCAAGUAGCCACUAAGCAGCCAAGGCCAAGGAUUAAGGGAGUUGCUCCCAUAAAAGAAGAGUAUCUCAUCUUCCCAUCUGGCCAUGGGAAAGGAAGUGAAACGGAUGAAUUCGAGGUCGUCGCCGAUGAUGCUGCCGAAGGGAGAGAUGCGCACGACGAGCAGCAGGGCACUGGCAAUGAUGGAAAGCGGAAGAGAAAAGGCGGCCAAAACAAGGACAGAGACUUUGGCAUCUUCGGGGACAGCCAUCGCCUGUGCAACUCCGUCGCAUGGAGUCCUGAGUUUUCUCCUCGUACUUGCAAGCAAGGAGAUCGCUGCAAUGCUCUCCAUGACCUUCGCAAAUACCUGAAAGAAGGUCGCCGCCCCGACCUCAAAACUUUUGAUGGCAAAUGUCCAGUUUGGGAGAAAUACGGGAAGUGCCCGUCUGGGUGGCGCUGCUUGUUUGUGCGAAGCCACAUGCAAGAGGUAACUCGAGAAGAUGGUCGAACCGAGCUGAUGCUCACGGAGCGGAACUCGGAUCAAGGUGUGGUUGAGCAUCAGGACGAGCAGACUGGCGAGGUUAGACCCGGAGUAGUCAACAUCAUGCCGACCAGCAUCAAGAUCGACUUGUCCAGGAAACGGGUCAAAAUGGAAAAGUCCGAUGAGUACCUCGAGUGGCUCUCCAAAGACACUGAACUUUAUCGAAAACACUAUCACAAGUCUAAGGAUGACGCGGACGAGCUGAAUGACUACCGCGCCCAGUAUGUCGAGCCUCCUCUAAAGCCCUCUGAGAAAAGGAGGCUUUAUUUUGGCCGCGAAACACCAAUUCUUGCCCCGUUGACCACAGUGGGAAAUCUGCCAUUCCGUCGCCUCUGCGUUGAGCUUGGUGCUCAACUUACAUACUCCGAAAUGGCACUGAGUAUGCCUUUACUUCAAGGGCAGAACGCAGACUGGACUCUAAUGCGAGCCCACGAGUCUGAAAUUACACCUCCUCGCAUCGAUCCCAAGGCGCCUAUUGUCCAGGGCUACGAGCACUCCCGCGACCUCAAGUUCGGCGCUCAAAUUACGGCAAAUGUCCCAUGGCUCGCCAUCAAAGCCACAGAGGCCCUCUCCCGGUUCCUGCCGCACCUGCGCCUGAUCGACCUCAACUGCGGCUGCCCUGUCGACGCCGUCUACAAGACGGGCGCCGGCUCUGCGCUGAUGGAUGCCCCCUCCAAGUUGGAGCGCAUGAUCCGUGGCAUGAACACCGUUUCUGGCGAGGUGCCCAUCACCACCAAGAUCCGGAUGGGCGUCCGUGACGACCGGCACACUGCGCAAAAACUCGUUGAGCGCCUGGCUCUUGGCAGCGAGGACAUGCGCGACGUGACUGGCGCCCCGGGCUGCGCGGCCGUGACGUUGCAUGGCCGCACACGUCAGCAGCGGUACACACGUGCUGCUGACUGGGGAUACAUUGCUGAGUGCGCUGCGCUGAUCAAGCAGUUCAAUGAGAAGGCUGACAGCUUGGCCGACACGGUGCGCGAGACAGACGAGCGUACGCUGCCUAACGGUGGGCAUAUGUACUUCAUCGGCAAUGGAGAUGUCUAUUCACAUGAGGACUACUUCCGCCAUUUGGAUGAGGCCAAGGUUGACGGUGUCAUGAUUGGGCGUGGAGCGCUCGUCAAGCCAUGGAUCUUUGAGGAGAUUGAAAAAGGCCAGUAUCUCGACAAGAGCUCUUCCGAGAGAUUGUCGUAUAUCGAGAAAUUCUGCCGCUAUGGUAUGGAGGCUUGGGGCUCAGAUGAACUUGGGCUCAACUACACCCGUCGGUUCCUGCUCGAGUUCAUGAGCUUCUUCCACCGCUAUGUCCCCGUCGGCUUGCUUGAAUACUUGCCGCCCAGCUUGAACGAUCGCCCUCCUGCGUAUCGCGGCAGAAAUGAGCUCGAGACGCUACUUGCUAGCAAGAACUAUAAGGACUGGAUCAAAAUAAGCGAAAUGUUCCUCGGACCAGCACCACCAGGGUUCAAGUUCACGCCAAAACACAAGUCCAACAGCUAUGAGAUCGAGGCUGAAGGCUAA